AUGAUUAGCUAUUUUACUAAAGGAAGUGUAUUAUUGGGAAUCAUAAAUUUAAUUGUAGCAUUUAGAAACUAAGUAGAAUUUGAAGAUAUUUAUGGCUAAGCUUAUUGUUUACAAGGUUAUGGUUCUCAUUUCUUUUUUCCAAUUUAUCCAUAUUAUUGCAUAAGUAAAAAUUUGUUUUUUUUCUUAAGGUAUUUCAUCUGUGUGUGAUGGUGUGACAAUACCUACUUUAAAGAAUCCAAGUCUAAGUUCGUAUUAUGAUACUUUUUGUCAUCCAGAUGUCUAACUUGGAUCUCAAACAAUUAUUAAAUAAAUUUCUAAAUUUUUGAGAUUUGUUAGCUGUGGGAAUGAAUUUGGUUAAUUAGUAAUGACAGUGAAAGAGGAUGGUAAGUAUUUUUUUGAAUGUCAAUGUAAAAUUUAAUGAAAAAUUUAAUAUUAGAUGAAACUACUGAAGAUAAAAUUAGAUGCUACUAUGCUUAAAUAAUUUAAGGAAUAUACAAAUGUUUAUAUUGUCACGAUUAUUAUUAUGGAGAAAAUUGUGAAAACAAAAAUUAUAGUUCAAUAAGUUUAUAAUCAAGUAUGUAAUAAUUUAAAGAAAGAAUGCGAAUAAAAAAAUCCAGAUGGUAGCUGUUUAAUGUGUUAUCCAGGGAAUGGAAAACGAUCUUACUAUGAUAAAGAUUGUUUGUAAAGUAAGUUAUUCUAAUAUUUAUAGAAUGUUUCCCUUACACUUAAUGUUACGUAGAUAAUUAUGAAAUAAUAUAUUAAUUACCAUGUUAAGAAGAUGGAGCAAUUUAAUUAGGUACUAGAUGCGUUUGUAAUAAAUAAAUGAAAUUUAAGCAUGUAAUAUAACGAAAUGUUCUAAAUGUGAAUUAGAUGAGAUAAGUUAAAUAGAAAUAUGUUUGAAAUGUAGAUACCCUUUUGUAUUAAUAAACAAUAAAUGUUUGGGAGAUUAUAAUUGUUUGAGAUAUGAAAAUGUUCUGGAUGGAACAGGAAAUCUUAUAAAUAUCUCAUGUAUAGAAUGUUUAUAUGGCUAUUUUUGGGAUACUGUAUUUAAUAAAUGUUCAAGUAAUUGAAUGGUUAUAUUAGAAUAGGUUGCGGUUUAAGAAAGAGUUGUCCAAUAUGUAAUGCCUCUGGAUGUCUAUAUUGUCGACCUGGAUUAGUUUUAUUAAAUUAAAAAUGUGAAACUCUUAUUUGUGGGAUAAAGCAUUGUUUAUUUUGUUAAUUAGAUGAUCCAAAUGAAUGUACAGUUUGUAAUUUUGGAAUUCAUAAAUUUAAAGUAAGUACUGGUGAAUGUGAAUGCAAUAUUAAUGAUAAUAAAGGAGACUAUUAUGGUUCUUGUUAAACUUGUGUUAUAUUAUAUUGUGCAUAAUGUAAUCCUACUCCCUACUCUUGUACCUAUUGUGAUGACUUUAUUGCUAGAAAGUUAAUAGGAAAUUCUUGUGUUUGUAAACCCUUAUAUUAUGAAUACUAUGAUGUAACAGCAACAGAUGGUAGACCAUUAAAAUGCAGAUGUUUAAAUAUUAUAUUAUUAUUUCAGCAUGUCAUCAAACUUGUUAUAACUGUUAAGGAUCUACAGCUAAUGAUUGUAUAGGUUGUGGAAAUCCUAGUUUAAUUCAUCGUUAUUUAACAGCUAAAGGAGAAUGUCUUUGUAUUAAUGGAUAUGGAAAUAAACUGGCUUACUUUUCAUAAUAAAAUGCUAUACUUCCAGAACUUGAAUGUGUUAGUAUUAUUUUAAUAUUUCUAAUUUACAGCAUGUCAUAAUAAAUGUGCUUAAUGUUUUCGAUCUGUACCUGGUACAUCAUUAGAAUAUUGUACAAAAUGUCAUGAAGGAUAAAAUAGAGAACUUUCAGAUGAUCUUGACUGUGUAUGUUAAGAAAACUAUAGUGAUGAUGCAUUAUAUGAUAUCUGUUACAGUAAUCAUUUUUUAGAUAUUCAUUUAAGAAUGCUAUUAUACAUGUGCAUAAUGUUACGGAAUCUUAUCAACCAAUUGUGUGAGAUGUUCAACUUAAUCUCAUAGAUAUUUAUCAACAAAUAAAGAGUGUUUAUGUUCUGAUUAAUAUUAUGAUGAUAAUCUUAAUAUGGAAUGUCUAAGUAAAAUCAAUUUAUAUUCAUAAAUUAGAAUGUCAUUAUACAUGUUUAAAUUGUUUAUCAGAUCCUUCACCAGAUAAAUGUACAGAAUGUCCUUCUACGAGAAUAUCUAUCAACGUUGGUUCUACAUUUCUAUGUUAUUGUUAACAAAUUGGCUAUUACGAUUUAGAUGGAAGUAUGGAAUGUUAACCUUGUCAUUAUUCUUGUCUAACUUGUGAUGGAUCAGAAAUUUAUAAUUGUUUGAGUUGUGAUACAAAUUAUAGAGAAUUUGAUUCAGUUUAAUGCAAUUGUCCUAUAGGAUUUUAUGAUAUUGGAAAUCUACAAUGUGAAUGUAAUAUCAUAUCUAUCAUUAGAAUGUCAUCACUCUUGCUAUUCUUGUGACAAUAUCAAUUAUAAUAAUUGUCUAGAAUGCUCUUUAGAUUUAUAAUACAGAAUAUAAAUUGAAUCUACUUGUAUAUGUAUACAAGGUUAUUAUGAUAUUAUUGGAACAUCUAUUUGUGGAAGUGAGAUAUUAUUAUCAAAUAUUUUUUAGAAUGCUCUUAUAAAUGCUUAAGUUGUUAGGAUACUUAUGAUCAUUGUUUAAGUUGUCCACUUAAUUCAGGAAGAUAAUUAGAAUCUAAUAAUCUAUGUUCUUGCACUAGUGAAUAUUAUGAUCAAAUUGAUAAUCCUAUUUGCAAAUGUAUUUUUACUAUUUAUUAGUGUGUCAUUUUAAAUGCUAUUCUUGUACUGAUUAAACUGAAUAAUCAUGCUCUUCAUGUAAUCCAAAUAAAUUUAGAACACUUUCUAAUAAUUAAUGCAUUUGCAUGAAUGGCUACUUUGAAAAAGAAGUCUAAGAAUGUUAAAGUAUUUCUCAUUUUGAUUAAUUCUAAGAAUGCAGUUCAUAAUGUUAGUUAUGUAUUGAUGAAUAUGAUUAUUGUACAGCAUGUUUAAAUGACAGAUAUCUAGAUGGAAAUAAAUGUUUAUGCAAAACCAAAUGGUAAGGAUAUAAAAUAAGUACUUAUGAGUUAAGAGGAAUCCUUAAAUGUUAAGGUACUUAUAAUUAACUAUUUUUUAAGUUUGUCAUUAUACAUGUUUAACUUGUUCUAAAAGUUCAGCUCCAGAUUAAUGUUUAUCAUGUUUUGAUUCUGAUAAUCGAAUUCAAAUCGGAUCUACCUGCAUUUGUAAAGAUGGAUAUUUUGAAGUCGGUAAAUCAGUUUGUUAAAGUAAUCUUAUUAUUUGAAAUAUAUUUUCAAGAAUGCAGCAUCUAAUGUAAACUCUGUAUAACCAAAGAUGAUAAAUGUAUUGGAUGUGAAGAUAACACUCUUAGAGUCUUAAAUUCAAUUCUCCAUAAAUGUUUAUGUCCUAUUGGAUAUUUUGAUGAUGGAUAAAUCAGUGUAUGUUAAUGUAAUUUAUAUAUCAUAUUUAGAAUGCCAUUAUACUUGUUAAACCUGCUCUAAACUUAGUACUCUAUGCAAUGAUUGUUCAAUCUAAUCACAUCGUUAACUUAAUGAUUUACUAUUCACUUGUUCUUGUAAUUUAGGAUACUUUGAUUCAGGUAUUUAGUAAUGUCAAUUAUGUCAUUACUCUUGCCUAGGUUGUGCAAAUUCUUUCUAAAAUUGUUUGAGUUGUACAGUUUAAAUAGUUUCAAAAAGAGUUUUGUAUUAAAAUCAAUGCAUUUGUAUAAGUGGAUAUUAUGAUGAUGGAUUUUCCAAGAAUUGCUAGUAAUGUAAUUAUGAAUGUUUAACUUGUACAAUAUAAUCCUAUUAAUGUACUUCUUGUCCUUAGACCAGAAACAUAAACUAGAAUUGUGCAUGUUCAAAUGGUUAUUAUGAUAUCGGAUAUGCUACUUGUUCAAAAUGUGAUGCUAACUGUUUUAAAUGUGCUAAAUUUGCUACCAAAUGUAUUGAAUGCAACUCUUUAGAUAAUAGAACUUUAAAUAUUACAUUAAAUAAUUGUGAAUGCAAACUUGGUUAUUAUGAAUUGAAUGGAAUAUGCUAUUAAUGUGAUCAAACUUGCUAAACUUGUAUUGAUUAAUCUGAUAACUGCAAAUCUUGUCCUUCAAAUAGAAUUUUAAUUGGAUCAACUUGUAAAUGUAGUGAUGAUUAUUAUGAAAAUAAGUCUGAUAAAUUAUGUUAUCUUUGUCAUAAGAGUUGCCAAACAUGUAUCAAUACUUCAACAGAAUGUUUAUCUUGUUUCAUUGAUGACUUUAGAAUAUUAAAAUAAGGAUAAAAAUGUGAAUGUAUAGAUGGUUAUUAUGAAAAUCUAACAAAUCUAAAUUGUUUGAAAUGUGAUUAUACAUGUUUAACAUGUUAAUAUAAUGCUUAUCAUUGUACAUCCUGUGAUUCUAGUCUACAUUAUGAUAUCCAUAUUAAUUAAUGUCUUUGUACCACUUAAUAUUACUAUGAUAUCACAACGAAAUUAUGUUAAUGUAAUUCAAUUUUAUUAGUAUAGAAUGUCAUUUUACUUGUUUAUAAUGUCGUACUCAAAACGAAUGCACUACUUGUAAUACACUUACUAGAUAAUUAGAUAAUUAUUCAAUGGAAUGCUUAUGUAAAAUUGGAUAUUUUGAAAUCAAUUCUGAAUAUUGUCAAUGUAUAUUUAAUAUUUUAUCUUAAGAAUGCCAUUACUCUUGCUAUACUUGCUUAUUAUCAUCUACUAAUUGUUAAACAUGCAGUUAAUUACAUCAUAGAUCACUUUAUAAUAAUUCAUGUUAAUGUCUUCAAGGUUACUAUGAUCUUGGUGUUUUAAUGUGUUAAAAAUGCAAUGAUUUGUGUUAAACUUGUUAGAUUUUAUCUACUAAAUGCACAUCAUGUUAUUAAAUAGAUUAACAUAGAAUAUUAUAAGGAGAUUAAUGUAUAUGUUAAACUGGAUAUUUCUCUACUGGAUCUUUGAUUUGUCAAAGUAAUAUAAAAUAUAUAUUAUAUUUUAGAAUGCUCUAAUUCUUGUCUAACUUGUGAAAUAAUGCCAAACUCUUGUACAAGUUGUGAUUUGAGUUCAAAAAGAUAUGAUCGAUCCAUAUAAAGGAAAUGUCCUUGUAUUACUGGAUUUUACGAAGAUGAAAAUUAAAAUUGCUAAAGUAAUUGUUUAUUAUAAUUAAUUAAGGAUGCCAUAUAAAAUGUUACGAUUGCAUAAAUUCAAGUGAAAUUUGUACCAGUUGCAAUUAUAAAGUCAACUCUAAUAGAAAUUCUUUAUCACAAUAAUGUAAUUGUAAAGAAGGAUAUUAUGAUGAUGUGACAUAAAUUUAAUGUUAAAAGUGCAAUAAUAAAUGUAAAAAAUGUUUAAAUGAUUCAAUUAAUUGUUCUAUUUGUAACAAUAAUUUAAGAUCUAAUCCUCCUGUUUGCAAUUGUAUAGAUGGAUAUUUUGAAGAUGAAUAAUAAACAUGUUAACGUAAAUAUAAUAUUAAUAAUUGAGCAUGCUAUCAUUAAUGUAGUACUUGUGAUACUAAUCAAAAUAAUUGUUUAUCUUGUAAACCAGAUAGAUUUGGACCAAAUUGUGAAUGUUCAGAUGGAUAUUAUGAAGCUGGAUUAAUUAAUUGUUUAAGUAAUUGUUUUUUCUAUUUUGUAGAAUGUUAAUUUCAAUGUAAAACUUGUUCUUAUGAUGCAAAUUUAUGUAUCACAUGUAAAGCAGAUAGAAUUUAAACUCCUAUUUGUAAAUGUCCAAAUGGUAAAUAUGAUGAUUAUACCAAUGAAACUUGUUAAGAUUGUCACUAUACUUGCAAUGAAUGUAAUAUUGAUGGAUGUAUCUCUUGUGCUGGAAAUAGGAUCUUAUCUUAAGAAAAUACAUGUGAUUCUCCAUUUGGAUCUAUUUCUUAUGAAAAUACUCCAUGGUGUUCUAGUAUAUCAUUAAUCUUAAUAUUAAGGUUGCACUGUUGCUGUUUUGCGUAUUUAUUUCUCAGAUGAUCUCGAGAGUCUCAUUAUUUUAUUUGAUUUUCCUUUAAAUUCCAAAUUAUUUCAGUCUUACUAAUUAUCAAAUAAAUGCUUUUAAAUCUUUGAUAUAACAUCAAUUGAUAAAUUUGGAAGAAAUCCUAAUUGUUACAUAAAUCCUGAUCAAAACUCAGAAUUAAUUAUAUCCUUAGGAGAUUAUCCUAAUAUUAAUUUAGGGGAUCAAUUAUUAUUCCAAAAAAAUUCUCUCUCUCACAAUUCUUGUGAAUAACCAUUAUCUACAUUUGUUAACAAUAAUAUUUAACCUCCUAAGAAUUAUCUUAUUCCAUAAAUACAAUUUGAUGUACCCUAAUAUAAAAUUAAUCCUUGUGUUGAAAUUCAAAUAUAUUAAAAUAAUCGAAAAUAUGAUGGAAAAAGAAGUCUAAUUAAUGCAUUUUGGUCAUAUACAUCAUCAAAUGGUACCAAUUUAUUAAUAGAUCAUUUCAUUUCAUAACAAAAUAUUUAAUAAGAUUUUAAUUUAAUUAUUCCUUCUAAUACCUUACCAAUUAAUUCCAAAAUUACUUUUUUCAUUUCAUUUUAAAACUUUUUAACAACCUCUUCAGAAUAACAUUUCAUUAUUACUACUCAUUCUGGAGAUUCACCAACAAUUACAUUAAAUAUUAAAAAAUAAUAUUUCACAUUUGAAAAAAUUUCAUUAAAUUUUCAAAUAUAAACAAUUUUAUGUUUUAACAACAUUAAUUCAACUCCCGAACAUUAUAUUUAUGCAGUUGAACUAUUUUAAUUACAAAACAUUUCAAAAUAAGCAUCUGAAUCAGAAGUAAUUUAUAAUGUUACUUCACUUUAAGAAUCGCAUUCUAUUAUAAUACCUUAAUAUAAAUUAUCCCCUAAUUUUUAUUAUACUUUUUAAUUAAAUGUCACUAAUUAAAUUUCAAAACAUAAUUAAAUUUAAAAUUUUACUAUCUAAAUUAUGUCUGCAGGAAUUUUAUGUUAAUUUAAAGAAUCUUUAAAUGUUUAAUAUUUUGCCAAAGAUAUGAAUUUAGUUAUAUAAUGUAAAGAUUUGGAUACUAAUUUUAAUUGGAAUCAAGAUCCUGAUCUAUUUACAGAGAUUUAAUGUUUUGAAUUAACAAAAAAUUAAAAAUGUCAAAAUAUUCAUAAUGCUGUCAUACCAGUAAAUAAAACAGAAAGAUUAUAAUACAUAAAAAAAUUUAGUAUUGAGCCUUUUUCAAUUCAAGAAUGGUCUCUUAAAGUAACCAAAAAAAAUACAGAAUAAAAUUUUAAAGAGGUAAUAGUUUUUUUAGAAUAUGAUUUUGAGAUAUAAAAAAUAGAAUUUAAUAGUGGUUAUCAGAUGAGAGAUAUUAAUAAUUUUGAAUUACUUAAUUUUACAUUUUCUUUUAAUGAAUAACAAUAUUAAAAAUUGAUAGAUUAUUCUGUUGGAAUUAUUUAUGACUAUCAGAUUAUCAAAAUUAUAUCACCAACUUUCGUAGAAUUUAAAUUUAAGUUAUUUGAAUGUAAGUUAUUUGAAUGUAUCAAUUAAAUGAAUAGAGGUAAUGAAAUUAACUUAAGAUUUAAUGCUUAAUUUAGUGACAAUAUUAUGCCUAAUCUGUUCAAUUUAAAAAUAAAUAUUAAUUAACCUGUUCCUUGUUAAAAAUUAUUAAUUAACUAAAUAAAUCUCGAAUAUACAAUUACAGCCAUUUGUGAAUAUUCAAACUCAAUUCCAUAUUAUUAUUAGUUAAAAUAUUUCUAUCUAGAAUCUGAUUACAAUCUAUUUUUAAAGAGUGAAUCUGAUAAUUCUAUCACAUUUUAAUCCUUCUAAAAAUCAAAUAAAUUCACAUUAUAAUUACCAACUUCUAUGAAUUCAUCAAAUAUUAAUGUUUUAGUUUAAGUUAUGAAUUCAGGAGGAUCGAUUACUAGCAUUUAUUAAAAAUUCUCGAUAAAAAAAUAAGCACUGAAUUGUACAUAAUAUUUUAAUUUGUCAUAAAGUGUUAAAUUUUAAAUCUAUCUACUAUUUGAAGGUUACAAUAAUGACUGUUUAGAUUUAUCCGAAAAAGUUUUAGAAAAUUUAAAACAAAUGAUUUAUAUUACUAAAAAUGCAGAAAGAUAAAUUAUUUUAUCAACAAUUAAAUUAUUUAAUAAAAUAUAAUCAUUAAAACAACUAAACAAAUCAUAAACUAGAUUGAUGCAAGAAUAAUAGGGAUUAGAAGAAUGCUAUGAUUAAAAAUAAUAUCAUUUUAUUGUUUAUGGUGGCAACAAAGAAUAAAAUGUAACUUAAAACCAAGAAAAAAAUAAAAUUGUCAAAGAUGUAUCUUAAAUUGAAAAUUUAAUAUUUUAAUAAUUACUAAAUAUCAAAUCUAUUGUUGAGCAAAUAAAUUUAAAUCAAAUAUUUUGGGAUCAUUAAUUGGAACAAGAGAAAGAAUUUUUAAUUGAUUCUUUAUUCUCUUCCUUAUUCUUGAUUGAUGAUAUUUUUUUAACAAUAUCAUUUAUCAAAUUUCCAGAUUUAGAAAUGUUCAAUUAAAGUAUGUUAUUGAUUGAUUAAAUAAAUAUUAUUUCUUCAGUUAUUUAAUAGAAUGUUAUAGUUGAUGGUAUUCAUUAAAAAUUUGAAGGAGUUUUAUUUAAUUUAACUUUAAAAAGAUUUAGCAAAAAACAUAUGAAUGAAUUAAUUAAUAUAGAAGCAAAUUACUUUGAUUAUUUAGUUUACUUCUGCUAAUUGCAAUAAAUGAAUCUUAUUCAGAAUCCAUAUUUAUUUUAAUCUAAUUUUACUUUUCUAUCAUAGAAUAAUUUAAAUACUUAACAAAUUAAGAUGGCAUAAUAACCUAUGAAAAAAGUUUCCUUAAAAAACUUUUUUAAAGAGAAACCUUAUAUAAUUAUAGAAUAAAUCAACAAUUAUAUAAUAAAUUUUAAUAAUUACUCAUUAUGUGAAGUUGGUUUGAGUGUAAAGGAAAUUUUUGAUCCUAUUUGUAUAAUGAAAACUAUAUAGAAUGAAAUAUAGAAUUGUACACUUAUUUAAGAAUAUGAUAAAUCUUUAAAUUAGGUUUCAAUAUCAUGUUAAUGCAGUUAUUUAGGAGAGGUUCUUUUAUUAAGAUCAAUUAUAAGCUAAAACUUAGAUUAAGAUCAAAAUACUUCAAUAAGUUAGUUAAAGCCAACCACUCAACUUAGUUUAAUUUUUACUGAUGCUAUGUUUAUUAUUAUUAAUUUUUAUUGCCUAAGUAUUUUAGUAACUUAUUUUUAUUGUUUGUAUAAAGAAAUAAAAAGUCAAAAAUAAGGUUUAACAAUUUAAUAAUGUGAAAUAAACACUUGUAGAAGUAAAUAAACUAUUCAUUUAUAUCCUGGGAAUGUUCAUGUUUUUGCUAAAUAAUUCAAAGUAUCUGUAUUUAUAAUUUUUAGUAUUUACAUUAAAUUACAGCACUUUGUUAUUAAAUCAAUCAUAUGAAAUUAAGUGCUGGAGUUUUAUGUUUCUUUUCUUUAAUAAGCUUCACAUUUCUACUUCUAGAACUAGAAUUUUUAAUUUUAUAAAUUAAUCUUGGUUGGAUAUAUGGACUAAUUAUUCUAAUUAAUUGCAUCUUUUUCGAAAUUUUUAGGGGGAUACUUAAAAUAAUUAGAUCUAUAUCCCAAUUUGGUAGAAUUAUCAAUAUAAUUUUUCAACUGAUUUAACUAUUAAUGCUUUUAUCUCCAUUAAUUGGAUAUAUUAUUAUGUAUAAGUAAUAUUUAAAAAAUAAAUUUAAGAUCUUAAACUGAAUGGAAUUUAACAUUGUUAAUAAUUAACUAUUUAAGUAGUUUAAUAAUAAUCCUUAUAAUUUUAGAUCCUAUUAUUGUUUUUAUAAGAAUAUAUAUUUAUAAACUGAUCCUCCCAAGCAUAAAAAAUAAUGAAUUAAACCCAUUCUAUCAUUUGCUUUACUUUUUUGUAUAUCAUGAAACUUUAGAAAUAGAAUUUUCCUAAUAUUAGUUAUUUUGA